AUGCCAUUUACUACCAACGAUGUUGCGGCCAGAGAUACACGUACCAUAUCGGAGUUUGGAACUUGGUUCCUUGAAGAAGACUUCGAUGUUGGGGCCCUAGAUUUCUCAAUUACAUCUACAAUUUCAGAAUGGGCACAGGUCUCGAACGUCUUCCCUACGAAUGAACUGGCAGUUGGGGACCAAGACAUAUAUACACCCUUGCAAAGUUCUCCUCCUGAUGUGAACUCGGCAAAUCCCAACGACGACACAGUGCGAAGGAAAUGGUUCACUCGCAUGUCUCCCCCAAGAGAGCAUCAUUCAAGUCGAGACUUUCCUACAUCAGGACCAACAUGGACAAGCCAUACAAAUACAAAUGAGUCGUAUCGAGCCGGCCUGUCUCAAAAGCUCCGGCCACGAAUGGAAGAUGAGGCGUUGCCAACAUCAGAGCAGCUUAAUCUCUUCGCUAAGCUCUAUUUCCAUCGUUUCCAUCCUCUACUCCCAGUUAUUCAUACUCCUUCGUUUAGGCCAACCGCUGAAAACGCACUAUUAUUCUUGUCAAUAUGCUCCAUUGGCAGCUUGUUCGUUGGGUCAUCUCGUGCCUUGGCUCAGGGGGCUAGAAUAUUUGAACGGCUCAAUAAGGCAAUAUUGGCUUCUUGGGAAUCUUUCAUAUCGCGAAGUCACCCAGACGCAUUCUCCAUGGUCCAAGCCGCGAUUUUAGGCCAGACCUACGCCAUCUUAGCAGGAGAGCCUAAGUAUCUUGUUUUAGCAGACGUGCUUCACGGAACGGUAGUUGCGUGGGCACGUGAAGCAAAUAGAUUAGGAGCUCUUCGCCAUUGCACUGGUAAUCUUCUCGAUGAGAACGAUAUGGAUAGCAGCUGGCAUCGAUGGAUUGAAUGUGAGCAACGAGCUCGGGUGCAAGUAGCACUGCACAUUCAUGACGCUGAGCUCGCAAAUUUAUUACACCACCAACCGAUUCGCAAUCACCGAUUUCGUCAAUUUCCUCAACUGGCAUCAGAUGCUUUAUUUUCAGCCCCUACGGCUUCGAAAUGGGCAACUCUCUAUCGUCAAUCGCUACAGUCCCAACUUGAUGACCCCGUAUACCCCUUGGUACAGCGUUCCCUGGACUCCUUCCCCAUUACUGGCCGACAUUCUCGCUUUACAGCAUACGGUCUUCUCGAGAGCAUUAAUGCCCGCCUCGUCGAUGCCAAACAAUCCGAAGAAUUUGAUCAUCUAGUUUGCCAAGGAAUUUCAGACCUGCUGAUCAAAUGGUGGAAGACCUACUACACACAGACUCAAGAUCUCUUUUGCCUUCCAGUCCUCUGGCACUCGAUUUUCAUAUCCCUUUAUGCCGAUCUAGAUCUUCUAGAGCAAUCAAUCGGCCGAGAUGGACAUAAUCCAGUCUUCGAAGCAUCAACGCCAGUACGAGAAUGGGCCAGCUCCCUGAAUGCAAGUCGCUGUCUGGUUCACGCAUCCCUGAUUACACAUCAUCUCGAGCGUAUGAGUAUCUCCUCCGAGCCUGCAAUUCAUGUUCCGCGGGCAUUAUUUUCCGCGGCGCUGACCUAUCUAUGUGUUGCCCACCACGCACCAAAACACAUUAUUUGUGCCCAGGCAUUCGCCUCGCCGGAGAUUGAGCUCUUAGGUGAGAAUGCUUCUCGGGCACAUUGCUUUCCUGAAUAUACGCAUAAUUCAGAGGGAUCUGUCAUUGCGGACUUCGAUCAUUUAUAUAGGUUAAUUGAUUUGCUUCAGCGGGGUGGGCGUUGGGGAAUCUCCCAGGCAUUUGCUGGUGUGAUUUCUGCGGCAUUAGAGGAGAAGGGGAGAACUUUGGGAUGA